CCGUCGUCGACGCUGUCAGCCGACGUCGACGACGUUCUCCGUCGCGUACCCCGCGCGCUACCGCUACCCACUCCGCUCGUAGCCAUAUCUGGACUUAAUUAUUGGGGCUGCCAAUUUCCAACGCGACCAUUUGCAGCCUGAGAGCAACCCCAAUAAUUGGAAAAUGUCCGGAUUUGCGGCGGCGGGCCUCGUGGCCUUCGACUCCAUCAAGUCCAAAGCAUCGCAAAAACUUGCUGGAUUUAGAAGAAGCAAUGCCGGCUACGAGGAAUUCGAGAUGCCCCGCGAGGGUAGCAAAGACAAUAAGGGGUUUGAAGAUGAGAGAGGGUACAGUAGUCAAGCUUCGUUCGAAUCACUUCCGGAACCUGAACGGCCCCCAUUGCGUCAUAUCGAUACUUAUUGCAAACCAGAAUGUCCCUGCCUGUCGAAAAGAUACACCAUUGCCACGUUGGCCUGUAUUGGAUUUAUAAUCUCAUUCGGUAUGAGGUGUAACAUGGGAAUGGCGAAGAUGGCCAUGAAGAAUGCCACCCUUGAUAAUGCCAAUCACACUCUCAGAUUCAACUGGACAGUUGGCACAGAGAGUGCCCUGGACUCGUCGUUUUUCUGGGGUUACCUGGUUACUCAAGUACCAGGAGGAUUCCUUGCGUCGCUGUAUCCUGCGAACAAGAUAUUCGGCGCGGCAAUCGCCAUAUCUUCGUUUUUAAACUUGUUGGUGCCUGGUGCACUGAGCAUUCAUCCAGUCGUCGAUAUGUUUGUACAGGUCAUGAAAGGGUUGAUAGAGGGUGUCACGUAUCCAGCGUGUCACGGUAUUUGGAAAUAUUGGGCACCACCGUUGGAAAGAUCACGCUUGGCGACACUGGCAUUUUGCGGUUCUUACGCUGCUAUGGUGAUAGGAAUGCCGCUCUCAGGCCUUUUGACUUCAACUUUUGGCUGGACAGCGUCCUUUUAUUUCUACGGUAUAUGUGGAUUGGUUUGGUACUGCUUCUGGUUGUGGCUGGCAUUCGAGAAGCCAUCGAAACAUCCCUGUAUCUCUGCACGUGAGUUGCGUUACAUCGAAGAUUCUCUUGGUCAAGGACAAGCACAGAUGCCAAUGCCAACAUUCGCGACGACACCGUGGCGAAAAUUCUUGAAGUCCAUGCCAGUUCACGCUAUUAUCGUUGCCAAUUUCUGCAGAUCCUGGAACUUCUAUCUGCUCGUGCUCUUUCAAGCUCGUUUCAUGCACGAGGCUUUCGGGAUGGCUUUAGUCGAAACUGGUGUAAUUGGUUCGUUGCCACAUCUGCUGAUGACAAUGAUCGUGCCUUGCGGUGGUUUGUUGGCUGAUCACAUUCGCAAACGUGGAAUAUUGUCGACGACGAACGUCAGGAAGCUGUUCAACUGCGGCGGUUUCGGCAUGGAGGCUUUAUUCUUUUUGGUGGUGGCUCACGCGACUAUGGAGAGGAACGGAACGGCGGCGAUUUUCGCGCUGGCGUUUGGCGUCGCGUGCAGUGGUUUCGCCAUUUCCGGUUUCAACGUGAAUCACUUGGACAUCGCGCCCAGAUACGCCAGUAUUUUGAUGGGAAUGUCGAAUGGUGUCGGAACGAUAGCGGGAUUGCUGGUACCUUUCUUUGUAGACUAUGUCACAGAGAAAAAGGACGCUCAAAGUUGGAGAAACGUGUUUAUUCUAGCAGCGUGCGUGCACAUAUUCGGCGUGACGUUUUAUGGGUUCUUUUGCUCUGGAGAAUUACAACCGUGGGCUGAUCCCAGUUUAGAGGAACAGAAGACAUUCGCAAUGGAUGAAUUUGGACAAGCGAAACCACCGCUUCCGCCACCGCCAAAGACCAUGCAGUCUGAAUUUAUAAAGCAGCCAUCCAUGGGCGAUGGAGCAACCGACGAUUGGAACAAUUACGAUCAACAAGCACCUGCAGAGAGCAUGUACGCUCAACAGCAAGAGAAGCCACCGGUGAUAAGCUACGGAUCGACAGAAACCAACAGUAACAAUCCUUUCCAUUCUACAAAUCCCUUUGCUAGUGAUGUAAACGCGUCUCUGGUACAACCUCCAGCGACGAACGACUACACGUACGACGUAACGCAGCAGAAUCAACAGUGGAAUUAAAUUCAUCGAUCAAGUUGGAGGGACGUAAGGAUAUCUGUUUAAGCUGACUGAUCGUUUAGUCGAUUAUGUUUGUUUAUGACCGCGUAUAACCGCGUCUAGUACUUCAAUGGUAAACGCGGAUGGAUUUCUUGACGAAAGGCUUUCCGUUAUAAAAUCUUUCUGGACAUUUUUUCCUCAAUUAGAUGGGGAAAAUGUUUGCAUCGUUUGGCCAAUUACCUAUCCUGACGACUGACAAAGAAUUCAAUUCUUUCGCUGUGAAAAAGAAAGAGAAAAUCGUGUUUAUAAAAUAAGAAAUCGUCGAACUUUUAGAACUGUUAGAACUGUCUGAAGUAUGAGACUCGAGAAGUGAAAGAAAAUUAAAGCACAAGGAGUAGGGAGAGUUUUCAUAAUUCAGUAAAAGACGAAAGCGUUUAUUUAUAUAUACUCUACGGAAAGUUACUUGAAUCAGUAAUUAGUAGAAUUUCUAUGAAAAAUUGCAAUUUGGUCAUUUUGACCACUCUGGUGUCGAAACGAGUGAAUUAACGAAGUGAAUAAGCGAAGCUUAAAGGCAAGAAGUAGAGUUUCAAAUGAAAGUAGAGGUACGUGACUAACUAUAAGAAAUUGAAGUACUAGAUGCUUAUUAAAGGCAUGUGGAAUAAUUUUUUGAUCUUAAUAUUUGAUAUUGACACAGAAUUGCUUUUGUAUUCUCAAUUGAUUGCGAGAUACAAGGAAAAUAAUCUCUUUUUGCAAUACCUAAGAGUGCAGGGUAUGGUGCUGCAAGUUGAUGCACGCAAAUCGUAACAAACGUAACAAAAUAUUAAUUCGUGAGAAAGGGGCUUCAGACACCUAUCAAAGAAUAUUAAAAGAUAUA